AUGGCAAGUGGAGAUCGAAAGCGAACACGUCCGCCUCUUACUGGGAAGAAAUGUCCAUCUCGGUUUGUUCCCGGACCACCACGCAAACAACCAGCAUUGCCGUGGAUGCCCCGCGCAGGGUACAGCAAUGAACUUGACCGAGAUAGCGAAUUACUGAGGUCAGCCAAGAAUUACUACCCCGAAGGUGAAAGCCAAGGUGGCUGCAGUGAGUUUCCUCCGCUGAUGCUUCGGAAGUCUUGGACGAGAGGAGUACCAUACCGAGACAGUUAUGACCAUGCUAAACCUGUUGAUUCUAUCGGGAACUGUUAUACACCAGCUUCGAAAACAAUGAAAACCAUAAAUAUGCCUCCAAAACGCCGUCCGCCCCCACAAUUGUAUGGUCCCAUUGGCCCAAAUGGGGAAUUACAGUUUCCGCCAUUAAAACCCUGGGCGGAGAGGGAGAAAGAGAGACUGGAAGCCAUUCAGAGGGAAAAGGAUAAGAAUAAGCUUCCAAAAGGUUUAGUGCUAUUAGAAGAUUUAGUAUCCGGCGCAUAUGACAGACGUAAAGCGGCAGAAGCAGAGGCAAAAAGAAAAAGAAUAGAGAAAAGACGAAGAGAAAAGGAAGCGGCGGAGUUAGCCGCGCAGGAGGCUUUAAAAAAGCAUCUGGCAAAGCUGUCUUUCGCUGAUCCACGGGACCCAGAUGACCAGAAGUUAGAAUUGAUUAGGGUGACUGAAGAGGAGCACUAUCGAUACAUACACCCUAAGGACCUUGAAAGAAUUAACUAUUAUUUGACAACAUCUCUGACGGGUGACGUGAUCCCGGAUUAUCCAGACCAUUUAUACAAAAGAGCGAAACAGGGGGUGGAUAAGCAAACAGCGCAUAUAAAGAGGCGGCUCCUUAUCCUGACGUAUCAGGCUUGUGUGAGACAGAGUGCCACCGAAAUCAAGGAAUUCUUCCUGCUGGCUAUGAAAAGAUGCCUCCUAAGCUACAUAUUAGAAGACCCAGCCGAGCGUUCGAGGUUAAACAUAGCUUUCCUGCCAUCCCUUUGGCCAGCUUUGAUCGUCCGUGCGCCUGUUCCCUGGCACACGAGCGCCGUGAGGGCCAAACAGGCCAUGAGUUAUCGCUACUUCGAAGGGAAUCCUGUCCUUAUAGAACUCAGACGGAUAUGGCAUGAACGGUACCAAAAUAUGUACAUCUGUGAUAUGAACAAAAUGCAAGAAGGUCUCCCCUUUCCACAAUACCCAACAGACUUCACGGACCGUCUUAACAAGCUCUGUGCGGAGACAAGGGCUGAUCUAGUCGACAAUUGGUUAAUUGACGUAGCUGACACAAUGGUUAAGAUGAGAAAGCACUGGUCAUUAUAUGUCUCUAAGAAGAAAAAAGCUUCAACAUUUGAAGUGGAGGAAUUUUUUAAAUGUAUUCAUGGUUUGAUGUCAAAGCAAGUCCGAGAUCUUGUCGAGCGCAGUGUUAAUCAUUUUGCUGAAUAUUUCACGUACUACUGGGAGGGCAACGACUACGGCCAGGAUUACCAGGAUUACACGUUCAUAAAGUGUCCACUCCUACGCAUCAAAGUGGUGGGUCAAGCUGGAUCCAUCCAUCUCAACUUUGAUCCAACUCUCGAACAUAUGCGAGUGCUUAUUGUUAAGUGGAUCCACACCAUUAUCAAUGUGAAUCACCAGCUGGCCAGCGUCGAUAGUAUUAUGUAUCCAGGUUCUGGUCGUCCCCAACCAUACCUGAUGGCGGUAUACCCAGACGAACUGUACAUGACGGAGAUAAUCAACAAAUGCACUCGUCACUUCGCACUCAACAAACCAGGACCCAUUUCCUUCCUGAACCGAUUUGUGGAGUACAACUAUCUUCUGGAUGGAUCAGCUCAUGAGGAACUGCUUCGAUUCUUCGCUUUGGAACCGCCGCCGUAUCUAAAGGACUUCUCAGCGCGUAUUUUGACGUAUGAGACUCUCCGAGACGAAAUACUCUUCCUCCGGCGAGACAUUCCAUUAAACAUGAUUAUGUUGGACUGUGGUCCUAUUAAUGAUGUUAUAUGGGAUAUCGUGAAUGGCUUGCGGCAGUACAUUGUGGAUCACUUCAUUUCUGUUAACCGGAAGUGGAAUCGAGGUAUAUGCAACGUAUACGAAGAAAUGGCUGCACGCGCUUCCGAGAGUCCAGAAACAACCGCUCAGUUGGUAGAGCUAUUGGCUUAUAUACUCGAAUGCAGGGAUUGUGCCCUCUUCGAGUUACGAGAGAAGUCCCGUACCACAGCAGAUCAUGUCCUCUUUCUCAUGGAGCAUGCGCAUUUGUCUUUUGAAGACAUAAACCUAAACACACGAGUAUUCCUUUGGCCAUUGGACAUGGAAGACUCCAUAGAUCUCACACUGAAAACUUUAAACACUAAAAAGCAAAUGGCGGAAGACAAACUGCGCAGUCGCAAAGCAAUAUUUGAGGAGAAACUUAAGAAGCACGAGAAAGAUCUAGAGAUGUUUAGAAGAUAUGAUCCACCAUUACUAAAUUUGGAUUUACUGAAAGAUGUCGUUGGGAAAGUGGAUGAAAUAUUCAAUAAUCUGAUGAGUGACAAGUAUGAAGCCGAAGAUAUAAUUAGUGAGGAAACUUUAUUAGACCAAGAAGUGUCUGUGUACUUCAGUCUGCAAACAAUGUUGAACAGCGUCGAUCCGUUUCACAAGUUGUGGCAUACGGCGUAUGACUUUUAUGAUGGCUAUGAAAAAUGGUACCAUGGUCCAUUCCUGGGGCUGGACGCUGAGCAGAUAUCAGAGGACGUGGAAGCGUGGUGGAAGUUGCUGUACAAGUUGGGCAAACAAUUGUUUGAGUACCCCGGAGCUAAGCGCAUAGCUGACAUGGUGCGGAACAAGGUUGAGAAGUUUAAAGUCCUUCUGCCCGUACUCUGUGCUAUUUGUAAUAAGGGUAUGCGUGACCGUCACUGGGCUAAAAUCAGUGACCUUGUGGGUAUUGAAGUUACUCAUGGACCAGACGCGACCUUAGCAGACAUGGUAGAGCAAGGAGUCCACGUAUUUGGAGCUCAGCUGGAAGAGAUUGAACAGUAUGCCUCCAAAGAGUACGCGCUGGAGAAGAACUUGUUGAAGAUGAAGGAAGAGUGGGUCGGAGUCAAGUUCGAAGUUGUGCCGUAUAGAGACACAGGAACCUUUAUCCUAACAGGCCUGGAUGACGUUCAACAACAGUUAGAUGACCACAUCCUAAAGUCUCAGACCAUGCGUGGUUCGCCCUACGUCAAGGCGUUUGAAGCUGACAUGGUCGCUUGGGAGGAAAAACUCAUCAGUAUGCAGGAUAUAUUGGAUCAGUGGUUGCAGUGUCAAGCAACGUGGAUGUAUCUAGAGCCGAUAUUUUCAUCCGAAGAUAUAAUGAGACAAAUGCCUACCGAGGCAAGGAACUUCAGAGAUGUGGACAAGGAAUGGCGAACGAUAAUGGCGGCGACGCAAAAGGACCCUAUGGUUCUGAGUGCUACAGAUUUCCCGGGUCUUCUUAAGAAGUUACGAUAUAGCAAUGCCCUGUUGGAUGAUAUUCAGAGGGGAUUGAACGACUAUCUUGAAAAGAAGAGGCUGUUCUUCCCUAGAUUCUUCUUCCUAUCUAACGACGAGCUACUAGAGAUCUUGUCCGAAACGAAGGACCCAAUGCGUGUCCAGCCUCACCUCAAGAAGUGCUUCGAAGGCAUCUACACUUUGGAGUUCAACGCUGCAGGAGAGAUUACUGGCAUGACAUCUUCUGAGGGGGAGGUGGUCUCGCUGUCCACGAGUAUUCAACCUGCUGAUGCCAAAGGUAUGGUAGAACGCUGGCUCCAACAAUUAGAGCAGCAGAUGAAAGUGAGCCUUCGAGACGUAUGCUCAGAGGCUAUUAUCGCGUAUCCUACUUCUGAAAGGACCGAGUGGGUUCUUUGCUGGCCAGGGCAAAUCGUACAGGCGGGCUCCUGUGUUGAAUAUACCUCUGAGGCGAUCGAAGCGAUAAAGAGCAACAGUCUUCCCGAUCUGAUUACGCACAGCACAGAACAGAUCACGGGAUUGGUUUACCUCGUACAAGGAGAUCUCGAGCCUGGGAACAGAAUCACCGUCGAGGCACUCAUCGUACUAGACGUACACGGUCGUUCUAUUCUAGAAGAGAUGGAAGAACAUGGAGUCAGAGAAAUAACAGAUUUUAAUUGGAUCUCUCAAUUGCGUUACUACUGGCGGGGCGAUCACAUGACCUGCUCCAUGAUCACUACAGAUGUUGAGUAUGGGUUCGAGUACCUUGGGAACAUCGGCAGACUCGUCGCCACGCCGCUUACUGAUAGGUGUUUUAGAACCCUUAUGAGUGCCCUGAAAUUGAACCUGGGUGGAGCGCCCGAAGGCCCAGCUGGUACUGGAAAGACUGAAACCACAAAAGACUUGGCGAAAGCUGUAGCCAAGAAAUGUGUAGUAUUUAACUGUUCCGAUGGUUUAGAUUACAAAGCCCUCGGAAAAUUCUUCAAGGGCCUUGCUCAAUCAGGCGCAUGGGCCUGCUUUGACGAGUUCAACCGUAUCGAGCUGGAAGUGCUGUCAGUGGUGGCGCAGCAGAUCCUGUCCAUCCAGCUGGCGAUCUUACGACGGGAUAAGCGGUUCAUCUUUGAGGGCACGGAGAUCAGCCUCAAUCCUACAUGUUCUGUCUUCAUUACUAUGAAUCCGGGAUAUGCUGGACGUACAGAAUUGCCAGAUAACUUGAAAGUGCUGUUCCGUACGGUGGCCAUGAUGGUGCCAGACUACGCGAUGAUAGGAGAGAUCACGCUCUACUCCAACGGAUUCGUUUGUGCUGGACCAUUGGCUCGUAAGAUAGUCCAGGCGUACAAACUAUGUUCGGAGCAGUUAUCUUCGCAGAAUCAUUACGAUUAUGGAAUGAGAGCGGUGAAGUCUGUUCUACUUGCGUCUGGGGCUCUCAAGAAGAACUAUCCUGAGAAGGAUGAGGCUCAACUUGUAUUGAGGGCCAUCAUUGAUGUCAACAUGCCAAAGUUUUUGUCACAGGACGUGCCAUUAUUCAUGGGUAUCUAUUCUGAUCUCUUUCCUGGAGUGGACAUACCUCAACCGGACAGAGCUGAACUCUUGAAGUGUAUCAAUAAAGAGCUGGAGAAGCGGAACCUGCAACCAACGGAAUGGUAUCUGGAGAAGAUCAUACAGAUUUAUGAAAUGAUGCUUGUACGCCACGGGUUUAUGGUAGUAGGACCGCCCAUGGGCGGUAAGACACAAGCGUACCAGUCGCUCGCGGAAUCUCUUCGAGCAUUACAGCUGAUGAAACCUCCACCGCGGCAUAAAGAGUUUGGGGCCAUAUACCGCAUCCUUAACCCCAAGGCCAUCACUAUGGGACAAUUGUACGGAUGUUUUGAUCCGGCAUCACAUGAAUGGUCAGAUGGUGUAUUAGCAAUAGCAUUCCGUGAAUACGCAAUGUCGAUAACGAGGGACCGAAAGUGGAUUUUAUUCGAUGGGCCAGUGGACGCAGUGUGGAUUGAGAAUAUGAACACAGUGCUCGAUGAUAAUAAGAAGCUGUGUCUUAUGAGCGGGGAGAUUAUUCAGAUGACGAACAAAAUGAAUUUGAUAUUUGAGCCAGCAGACUUGGAAUUUGCGUCUCCGGCCACUGUGUCUCGAUGUGGCAUGAUUUAUAUGGAGCCUGAACAAUUAGGAUGGCGAGCGUUUCUCACAUCCUACAAUACACAUCUCAGUAAACGCCUGAUUCCGGAGCAGUUCGACCUGAUCCAAGAGCUGAUAGACUGGCUUGUGCCACCUCUCUUUGAGUUCAUGCAGUUACGUUGCACGCAUUUUGUGCACGUCGGAGAAAUACAUCAAUUCUUUUCUUUCACCCGGCUGUUCACGUGUCUGUUGGAAGGGGAAUCCCAGUUUAGCACAAUCUGGUUGCAGUGCACUUUUGUGUUUGCUCUACUCUGGGGCAUCGCACCAACUCUAAACGGCGAGAGCCGUAAAACAUUUGACUCAUUUUUCCGAAAGCUGUUGGAUGGAAGUAACGCGACUUACCCAAAGCCGAAGUCGUUUAAGCUAACAAAAAACCAGCUGUUCCAGGAUAAGGACACUGUGUAUGACUAUGUUUAUGAUAAGAGGAAUGGCGGCACCUGGAUACCCUGGGUAGAUCUGGAAAAAGAACUUCCACUACCAGCCACAGCUAAAGUGAACGACUUGAUAAUCCUAACAAACGAAAACGCGUGUCUCCGUUACUUUGUUUCUAAGAUGGUGAAAUCCAAGAUUCCCAUUCUACUGGUGGGUCCUACGGGAACUGGAAAGUCCUCGUUGGUCCUCAACUUUCUUUUAUCACUGCCCAAGGAAAAAUAUAUCACAAAUACAAUUAAUUUCUCUGCUCGGACUACAGCUAACCAGACACAAGAUAUAAUAAUGUCAAAAGUGGACCGACGGAGGAAAGGUGUCUUUGGUCCGUCCAUGGGCAAAAAGUGCGUCUUAUUCGUGGAUGACCUGAGUAUGCCCCAAAAGGAGCAAUGGGGCGCCCAACCGCCCCUUGAGUUGCUUCGACAAUGGAUUGAUCACGGUCACUGGUAUGACCUUAAGGAGAUGGUGCGCCAGGAGCUGGUUGAUGUGUUAUUUGUGUCGGCGAUGCUGCCUCCUGGAGGCGGUUCCAACCUGAUCUCGUCCCGUCUUACACGUCACACAGUUUUGAUCACGCUCGACUCCUUUGAAGACAACACUCUCAAUAAGAUCUUCUGCACUAUCAUGGACUGGCACUUUGCUAAAGGUUUCACGGACACACUCGCUAGACAGAGCAAAUCGAUAGUAGGAGCAACGAUGGAAGUAUACAAAGCUGUGACCCUUCAAUUCCUUCCCACUCCGAGUAAAUGUCACUAUUUAUUCAAUCUACGGGAUUUCGCAAGAGUUAUCAAGGGUGUUCUUCUUGUUCCCUCCACUCAUAUGAAGGAUGUCAAUAAGCUGGUGUUAUUAUGGAUACAUGAAACUUAUAGAGUAUUUUAUGAUCGCCUCGUAGAUGAUAGUGACAGACAAAAAUUGUUUGAGCUGGUUUACAAGGCCGUAUACGGUUAUUAUCGCGUACACAUGGACCAAGUACUCACUGAGACAGGAUACGUCCCCGAGGGAGAAAAGUGCGGGAACAAACACGCCGCCAAUAUAGUCUUCGGGAACUAUAUGGAGCCGGAUGCUGAUCCCAAGAUUUAUGAUCAGGUCCUGGAUCUAGAAGACAUGGCUGUGAAGAUGCAGUACUACCUGGACGAGUACAACGUGGUGUCGUCUUCCCCUAUGUCCCUUGUAAUGUUCCGUUAUGCGCUGGAUCAUAUUUCGCGCUGCACUAGAGUGCUGUUGCAGGAUAAUGGUAAUCUCUUACUGGUGGGUGUGGGUGGCAGCGGAAGGAGCAGUGCUGUUAAACUGGCUGCAAGUAUUCUCGAGAUGAAUGUUAUACAGAUUGAAAUUUCUCGAGUAUAUGGACAAAACGAGUGGAGAGACGAUAUACGUAGAAUGCUGAUGAAGGCUGGUAUCAUCGGGAAACCGCUUGUCUUCCUUUUUGCUGAUAACCAGAUAAUGUACGAAGGGAUGGUGGAGGACAUUAAUAUGUUGUUGAAUACUGGGGACAUUCCCAACUUGUAUGGCAUGGAUGAGAAAGUGGAGAUAUUGGACAAAAUGCAGGCUGCAGUUAGAGAAAGUGGUAAAAAGAUAGAGACGACACCGCUAGCGAUGUUCGGCUUCUACGUGGAGCGAGUGAAAGCGAACCUACGAAUUGUACUUGCAAUGUCCCCUAUCGGAGAUUCCUUCAGGAACCGCCUGAGGAUGUUCCCUUCGCUUAUCAACUGUGCGACUAUUGACUGGUUCACGUCUUGGCCUCCGGAGGCGUUGGAGCGAGUGGCGUCGAUGUUCAUCGCGAAGAUGGAGAACGUGGAAGACGAUCUGCGAGAAUCUUGCGUGGAGAUGUGUCAGCUGUUCCAUACGAGUGUGGUCUCACUUAGCGACAGAUUCUACUCUGAGCAAAAGCGUAAAGUGUACGUGACGCCAACAAGUUAUUUGGAGCUUAUUAAGGCUUUCCAAAACCUGUAUGCCAUAAAAGUUGAUCAAAUCACCAAAGCCAGGAUACGAUACGAGACAGGUCUGGAACAACUGGAGUUUGCAGCAGGGCAGGUUGCCGUGAUGCAACAGAACCUGAUAGAUUUGCAGCCGCUGCUUGUUGAGACAUCUGAUAAGACUGAGAAACUCAUGAUCAAGAUCGAGCAGGACACGGUUGUAGUGGAAAAGCAGAAAGAGAUAGUCGGUGCUGAUGAAGCUCUAGCAAACGAAGCGGCUGCAGCAGCUCAAGCCAUUAAAGACGAUUGUGAAUCCGAUCUCGCUGAAGCAGUGCCAGCCCUACAGGCGGCCCUUGAUGCCCUAAAUACCCUUAAACCAGCUGAUAUCACUCUCGUCAAAUCCAUGAAAAACCCUCCAGCAGGAGUCAAGCUGGUGAUGGAAGCUGUCUGUGUAAUGAAGGGCAUAAAAGGCGAUAGGAAAAUGGAUGCUAAUGGCAAGCCGUUUGAUGAUUUUUGGGGACCAUCGCAAAAAAUGCUGGGAGAUAUGAAGUUUUUGGAAAGUUUGAAGAAUUACGACAAGGAUAAUAUCCAUCCAACUAUUAUGAAGAAAAUAAGAGACAAAUACAUCCCAGACCGUGAGUUUGAUCCAGCUGUGAUAUCGAAGGUGUCUUCGGCUUGCGAAGGCCUUUGCAGGUGGGUGCGAGCCAUGGACGUCUAUGACCGAGUUAUCAAGGUGGUAGCACCAAAGAAAGCAGCUCUAGCGGAAGCUGAAUCUGAGCUCCAGAUGCAAAUGAACACCCUCAACGCGAAGAGGGCCCAGUUGCAAGGAGUCCUCGAUAAAUUGCAGGCGCUAAACGAUGAAUUUGCCGAGAUGACCCGGAAAAAGAAAGGUCUGGAGGAUGAAAUUGACCUUUGCUCCACGAAACUGUCACGGGCGGAACAGCUGAUCGGGGGUCUUGGAGGGGAGAAGGCUCGUUGGACUGAUUUAGCUUUACAGUUGCAGAACCUGCUGGAUAAUAUUAUCGGUGACGUGUUAUUGUCAGCAGGAUUUAUCGCUUAUUUGGGUCCCUACACGGUGAAUUAUAGAAGAGAAAUUAUUCUUCUUUGGAACCAGCGCACUAUUCAAUUAGAGAUACCAUGUUCGGAGACAUACUCGCUUCUAUCAACACUGGGGGAACCGGUUGUGAUCAGGGCGUGGAACAUCGCUGGACUACCCGUCGACGCCUUCUCUAUUGAGAAUGGCAUUAUUGUUGAAAAAUCAAGGAGAUGGCCUCUUAUGAUUGAUCCUCAAGAGCAAGCGAACAAAUGGAUAAAAAACAUGGAGCGUGAUAAUCAAUUGAAGGUGAUAAAGCUAACGGACCCGAAUUACGUGCGUGUGAUGGAGAAUGCUAUUCAGAUGGGUUUGCCGGUCAUUCUGGAGAACAUACGGGAGCAUCUUGAUGCUGUACUGGAACCGGUUUUGCUUAGGAAUGUAUUCAGAUCAGGUGGUGUGGAAUGUCUGAAGCUGGGAGACAAUGUGCUAGAAUACAAUCACAGUUUUCGCUUCUACAUCACAACAAGACUUAGCAACCCUCACUAUUUGCCAGAAAUCGCUGUCAAGGUAACAAUGCUGAACUUCAUGAUAACCCCACAAGGUCUCCAAGAUCAGCUGCUUGGAAUAGUGGUAGCUCAAGACAGACCUGAGCUGGAGCUGAAGAAGAACCAGCUCAUCGUGGAAGGAGCUAAUAACAAGAGAACCCUGAAAGAGAUUGAGGAUAAAAUUUUAGAGGUGCUAUCUUCAGCCGGAAAUAUAUUGGAAGACGAGUCAGCCAACCAAAUUUUAUCAUCGUCCAAGGUCCUUUCCAUAGAGAUAGAGGCCAAACAGGCAGCCGCUGCUAUCACCGAGAAAGAGAUAGAUGAAGCUCGACUUCUUUACGUUCCAGUCUCGAAACAUAGCUCUGUCCUUUUCUUCUGUAUCUCGGACUUGUCCAAUAUUGAUCCUAUGUAUCAGUACUCGUUGAAUUGGUUCAUCAAUCUUUACAACCAAGCUAUAUUGAAUUCGCCCAAAAGCGAUGUUCUGGAUGAGCGUCUGGAAGGGCUCAAUGCAUUCUUCACGAAGAGCAUUUACGAAAAUGUCUGCCGAAGUCUUUUCGAGAAGGACAAGCUUAUCUUCUCUCUCGUUCUCACACUUGGAAUACUUCGUGCUAGGGGUGAAAUCGACGAUGAGUUGGUAUCAUUUCUCCUGACUGGUGGAGUGGCCUUGGAGAAUCCUUACGAGAAUCCAGCUCCCACUUGGCUUUCAGACAAGGCGUGGUCGGAAAUCGUGCGCAGUAGCAAUCUUAACGGGUUACGCGGUUUUAAAGAGAACUUUGAAACGAACGUGCCUAAUUGGAAAGAGUUCUACGAUCUAUCAGCUCCGCACGAGACGUCUUUCCCACAUCCCUAUGAAGAAAUUCAAGGCAUACCCAAGCUGAUUAUGUUGAGAUGCAUCCGUCCUGACAAGUUAAUACCACUAGUCCAACAGUAUGUGGUGGUGGAAAUGGGCCGUACCUACAUCGAACCACCACCCUUCGACUUGGAGAAGUCCUACAAUGACAGCAAUUGCUGUUCUCCGCUCAUUUUCAUCCUGUCUCCCGGCUCUGAUCCUAUGUCAGGGCUGGUCAAAUUCUCCAUGGAGAGAAAGGUCGUGAGCUUCGAGACUAUUUCGCUUGGUCAGGGACAGGGUCCAAUAGCAGCGAACAUGAUUAACUUAGCUAUCCAGACAGGCGGUUGGGUGGUCCUGCAGAACUGCCACGUGAUGGACUCCUGGAUGGGGGAGCUGGAGAGGAUCUGCGCGGAGGUCAUCAUCCCUCAGUACACGCACAAGGAAUUCCGAUGCUGGCUCACCUCAUACCCCAGUCGAGCGUUUCCCGUUACCGUGCUGCAGAAUGGUGUGAAAAUGACAAAUGAAGCUCCCAAAGGUCUAAAAAACAACAUUUACCGUUCAUACAUAUCGGAUCCCAUUUGUGACCCCGAGUUCUAUAUAUCGUGCCCUCGAACUGAGGAAUGGCGAAGACUUUUGUUCGCACUUUGCUUCUUCCACGCGAUUGUUCAAGAGAGACGCGCCUUUGGUCCUCUCGGAUGGAACAUUCAGUAUGAGUUUAAUGAGAGCGAUCUGAGGAUAUGCAUUAUGCAGUUACAGAUGUUCCUAACGGAAUACGCGGAAACGCCCCUAGAAGCCUUGAACUACUUAGCGGGUGAAUGCAAUUAUGGUGGAAGGGUAACAGAUGACAAGGAUAGAAGACUCAUCAUGUCGCUGCUCUCUCUCUUCUACAAUGAAGAUGUUACUGCGGAGCUUGAUUACUCGUUUUCUCCGAGUGGAGAAUAUCGUAUGCCAGCCAGUAUGGACUACAAUAGUGUGUUGGAACACAUUCGUGCGUUGCCAAUGAUCGCCAAGCCAGAAGUGUUUGGUCUUCAUGAGAACGCUGACAUUACCAAGGAUAAUAAGGAGACUGCAGCCCUCCUAUUCGGUUGCCUCUUAACGCAGACGUCCAUAACAUCAGGUGGUGGUGGAGGUGAGGGGGGCGAGGGAGGGGGCGUGGUGGAGCUGACUCGAGACAUGAAGUCCAGACUCCCCCCGCCCUACGAUGUCUUCGACGUCUCACAGAGAUACCCCGUUCAGUACUAUAACAGUAUGAAUACAGUGCUUAAACAGGAACUGAUCCGAUACAAUCGUCUCUUGGCGGUAGUAGCACGGACGCUACAUGGCGUGUAUAUGGCAGCCCAGGGUCUGGCCAUCAUGAGUGCAGAACUGGAGGAGUGCAACAAUGCGUUUGUCAAAGGCAUCGUGCCUGGUGCUUGGAUGUCCAAAUCAUAUCCUUCUAUGAAACCCUUGGGCUCAUACGUCGCCGAUUUUCUUUCAAGGUAUACAACAUAA